CAGCAGCAGCAGCAGCAGCAGCAGCAGCAGCAGCAGCAGUUGUUGCUGCAGCAGCAGGCAGCAGAAAUAGGUGUGAAGGAAGCAGAGGCAACAGCAGACAUGCAUGGAGCAGCAACUCCUGCUGCAGAAAUCGCAGCAGGAGCUGCAGCAGCUGCAGCAGCAGCAACAGCAGCAGCAGCAGAAGGACCUGCAGCAACUUCUGCUGCGCCAAAUUCGGCAGCAACGCCUUACCUCCUUUCCUCCUCCGAAUACAGCAGCUGCUGCAGCAGCAGCGAAAUCGGCAGCAGCAGCAGCAGCAGCAACAGCAGCAGCAGCAGCAGCGUACUGGAUGAUACGUUUGUAGAUAUUGCGUUGGUUGACUUCGGCUCUGCUGAGGUCGUCAGACCUCUCCGCAGCAGCAGCAGCAGCAGCAGCAGCAGUUUUAACAGGUGCAGCAGCGGCAGCUGCAAGCCAGAGGCAUCACCGGCCGGAACAGCUAUGUACAUGCCCCCUGAGGUAUUUGCGCAGACUUCUGUGGGGUGGGGAGGCGACAUUUGGGCAGCUGGGAUCGUCUUGUGUUUGCUGCUGACCGGCCAUUCUCCAUUUGAAGGCAGCAGCAUUUUAAAUACUCUCAGCAGCAGCAGCAGCAGCCGCAGCAGCAGCAGCAGCAGCAGCAGCAGCGGCGGCGCUCCCAGUAGGAAGCGGCGGCCGUCAGUUAGUGACCCUGCGGGUACAUUUGCUGCAGCAGCAGAAAACAGCAACGCAGCAGCAGCAGCAGCAGCAGCAGCAAAGAGUGGUGCUGCUUCCUGUUACGGAUCUCCUUCCAGCGUCAGCUGCGCGAAUUGCUGCGCAUGCGCAGCAGCAGCAGCAGCAGCAGAAGCAGCAGCAGCAGCAGCAGAAGCAGCAGCAGCAGAAGCAGCAGUGAGCGCACGUUUGCGAGAAGUAUUUGCUGGAGAAGACUGGGUGGAUGUACCUGCAGCAGCAAAAAAAUUAAUUAGUGAGAUGCUGCAAGUAGAAGCAAAGCGGAGGCCGACAGCAGCAGAAAUACUAACAAGUGAAUGGUUGACAGAAAAAGAUUAA